AUGGCGUUCUGUGGCAAAAUGUUCGUUAAUCUGGUUAUAAUAGUAUUUUUGGGUUUUCAUGUCUCUGGAGACCCGAUUGCUGACACCAAAUACGGACAGGUACGAGGAGUCUACUCAGAUACCGGUCAGGAAGGACUGAAAGUGACGUAUUUUCGUGGAAUAAAGUAUACCGAACCAAUGGUAGGAGACUUGCGUUUCGAAUUGCCAGUUGAGAUCAAACCAUGGUCGCCCGAAAUCUAUGACGCCACAGUGUUUGGUCCAUCUUGUCCUCAAUAUUUUACAAUACCCGAAUGGAUGGCGAAGGCACUUCCGAAUUACGACAUAUCUGAAGACUGUCUUCUCUUGAAUAUCUACGUACCUGGCCAUACCCUACAGCCAGCAAACACGUAUCCAGUUAUGGUAUGGAUUCACGGUGGAGGGUUCGAUAUCGGACAAGGUAUGCUGUAUGAGAGCACGUUUCUGGCUGGAGCGCACGGCGUUAUUGUCGUAACCAUCAAUUACCGCCUUGGGGCUUUCGGCUGGCUGAGCACCGGUGACGAACAUUCUCCAGGCAAUUUUGGCCUCCAUGACCAAAUUAUGUCACUACAAUGGGUUCAAGAAAAUAUUGCCAAUUUUGGUGGUGACCCUACUCAGGUGACAAUCUUUGGCGAAUCGGCUGGGGGCAUCAGUACCGGUAUUUUAGCCCAUUCCCCGAAAGCUGCUAAUUUAUUUCAUCGCGUCAUCUCCCAGAGUGGUGUGUUUCACCCAGGGUUCAUCAUACCAAUUGAACGAGCAACAGAUUUUGCUUAUAACGUUGGAUACACUGCCAACUGUAACACAACAGAGAACCCCGAUCUGACCGACCAUUACCUACUAAUUGAGUGUCUGCGUAAUUUGACCUGGGAAGAGUUAUUCCCACCAGAAACCAACACAUAUCACUACUAUUUUGACCACCGUCCAAGUUUCUAUAAAGGUCCUGAUUACAUUGACGGUGCUGCGCACGCCACUGAAAUACCGUUCACAUUUGGGCACCUCAUGAUGACGGGUAUCGGCCCAUUUGAAAACAUGACUGCGCCCGCGGAUGAAAAACAGCUCAGUUUAGACAUGUCCAGAUACUGGACAAAUUUUGCUAAGUCAGGAGAUCCCAACCUUCCUGUUGCCGUGCCAGUCCAAUGGCCACUGUAUGAUAAUACUCUCUAUACCUACAUGCGAUUUGAACCGAAUAUGACCAUAGAUAACGUGAGAGAAAAUCUACGAGCUGAUGGUACUGCAUUUUGGAACGAAUAUGUUCCCAUUCUACUGAAUCUGACGUGUCCCCCGACUACUCCUUGCUCACAAAGUACGAGCUCUGGUGCCAAGAUAUCAUUCAAUCAGUCCGAGGAGGACGCGGAGGUAGAUGUCCCCGUCAAUGGUCUGUUGAUUGCCUGUGUUUGUUUAUUAGUUGUUGGUAUCGCUUUGGCAGUGGCCUUAGUGGUGGUUGUUAAGAGAAAACCUAGACGCCGAUCUGACGAUCAAAUUCAGCUUCAUCCAAACAACAAAAACAGUUCUUUCUAG